AUGAAACGUGCAAAGCAUCCAUCAACCGUUAGUAUGAAAUUGACAAGUGUUCCAGAAUUACCUUAUAAGAAAGGACCACUGACUUCAUCACCUAAACCAAUAGAAAAACACAGUGCCAAGUUGAAACAUGAUAAAAAUGAACCAAUGGUCCUGAGGUCUCCACCCACAGGAGAGUCAAUUGUACGCUUUGCUUUGCCAAUACCAUUGAGUAAGACGAAGGACAUAAUAUCAAAUGAUGAAAUGGUCAGGAGGAUUACUACAAAUCUGAAGAUGGUUGUUUCUACCUUGGAAGACACCUAUGGAACUCUCACUGAAGAUAAAGAAAAAGGAGCAGUAAAACCUGAAGCAGAAGGCUUGUCUGUUGGUGAUGAUGUGAAUUCAUUUUUGUUGUGCUGUUCGGAUUUUACAACUCAGCUAGAGGAAGCAGUUAAAGAAGAACGUGGCGUGUUGGAGUCUCUUUACAAGUGGUUUCAGCAACAAGUCAACCAAAUGGAGGAGAUGAGCAAAGACCAAAGUAAUUUAGAAGGAGAACUUCAAUCAGAUGGUAAAACGGCCAGUUUGAACAUUGUACAAAUUGCAAAACUGGCACGUAAAUUCGAAGAUAUUAAAGGUCGCCUAAAAGAGCGAAAGGCUGUCAUGCAGGCUAAACAACAGGAUAAAGAGCUACUAUUUGCAUCAUUGAAACAUUAUGGAGUUCUAGAAGAGCAAAUUGAAGAGUUCAUAAAAUCCCAUUCAGCUUUAAUAUCUCAAACUGAAACUGAGCCAGGAACUCCUUCAGUGACUAAUCGGGUGAAUAAGAUGAUGAAAAUAUUUGAAAAUCAGACAACUAUGUUAGAGAAAGCUCUAACUGAACAGAGUGUAAUUGAGUCUAAAUAUAAACAGAUGGAAACUGAUUUUCAAAUGUUAGUAUUGGAGAAAACCCUGCUGGAAGGUGAAAUACGAAGGCUGAGAGAGAUAGAGAAAGCAAAGAAAGAAGAGCGAACCAAGAAGUCCGGAAAACCAGAAAAGAAAAAAGUUAAAGAUAAAGAAAAGAAAUUAUCUCCAACCAGAGAAUUUAAAUCACUUGAGGAACUGCUUCAAAUUCAAGAAGCUGAAAGAAAUAAGACUCAACUCGACUUCGUCCUACAUCAAAAGAUGGAGACAUUUAAAGAAGAGCAGAGUAAAACAAAAUUGGAUCGGGCUCACAGUAAAUCAAAGGUUAAGGGUGAAGAGUCAAAAGAUUCCUUACCAAAGAAGAGUGACACACAGUUGAGUGGACAAAAGAAGGAUCAGAUCUCAUCUGAUCGAAGUAAAAGGUCAGUUGGUGAAAGGUAA